UCUUGUUCUUUCUUCGGGUUUGCCGGUCUCUGUCUCUUCUUUUUGCUUUGCUUUGUGUUCUCUCUUGACAAGCGAAGCAAAAAAUAUCAAAGCCAGCUCUCGUAAAAAGAAAAAACAAAAAAAAAAAAAAAGAGGAAAAAAAAAGUCAUAUGUCGUUUGUGUGACAGCUAUAAUUCAUUCUCAGGCGCCUCUGUUCAGGUUUCGUUUCUGUUACUGCAAUCUGCAUUUAUGUCUCCUUUUUUUGGCUUAUGCUGAAGUCAUUUGAAGUUAUCUAGCUCCUUAAAUAGAGCUCUCAAGUUUUGGGGUUUCGAUAUUUUUGCUGGCUUUAUGAUGUGGGUUUGUGUUCUCUUGGGAAUUCAGAAUUGGGUUUCAAACAAUUCAGCUAAAAAGUUUGAAGAGAAGUUUCACACUUUUGGAGUCGUUGAGGUAAUCUACCAACUGGGUUUAAUUUAUUUUUCCGAUUUCUGAAUUGGGUAUUGAAGGCUCUGCUUGAAUUUUAGGACACUGCUUGAAAUUGCUAUUGCUUGUAUAGAAAGCUUUGGAGGGAUUUGACUUUGAACCUAUCGUCAGAAAGCAGAUUUGAUAUUGAAAUAGUUUUUAGCUCGUUGAUAUUUUGACUUAUCUUUGGUUGAGCUUUGUGAUGACUAAAAAAUUGGGCUUGCCUAAAUUGGAUUGAUCAAUUUGAAGAGUUGAAGUAGCAUUGAUAAGCUUCUUUCCUGCAAGGAAUCCUUAUUUGUCAAAUUGGGGCACAUAGUAGCAUUGCCCAGCUCAUUUUCUGCCAAGAUUAUCUGUUUUUCGUAUUGGUGAAACGGGAGUGUUAGAACUUUCUCAAGCUUCAAGGUGAUGAUCAAAUUGGAAUUUAGAGCACUGAACCCAGAGAUUAGUGGGAUUGAAAAGCUUUGGUUGAGCUUUGUGAUGACUAAAAAAUUGGGCUUGCCUAAAUUGGAUUGAUCAAUUUGAAGAGUUGAAGUAGCAUUGAUAAGCUUCUUUCCUGCAAGGAAUCCUUAUUUGUCAAAUUGGGGCACAUAGUAGCAUUGCCCAGCUCAUUUUCUGCCAAGAUUAUCUGUUUUUCGUAUUGGUGAAACGGGAGUGUUAGAACUUUCUCAAGCUUCAAGGUGAUGAUCAAAUUGGAAUUUAGAGCACUGAACCCAGAGAUUAGUGGGAUUGAAAAGCUUUUUCAUCCCACUGGUAUGAAAUACUGUUGUUAAAAUCUUAAGGUUUCUGGGAGUCAGAAAAAUUCUCUUUUUCUGGCUUUGCUUGGCGGGUACUGGGGGAGUAUAGAACAGAUGAACAUACAAACUCAGCACAUGAUCUCGUCAAGAAUGGGCUCUGUCAUGUUAAGUGUGCUGUUGCUGGUUCAGUUCCCGACCAUUUUUGGUUUUGUCAUUGAGUCUAAAGUUUGCGCUGAUCUCAUUGCCUAUUCUAGUUCUUAUGGGAAUGAACUGUUCUAUGUAAAUGGGAAUUUAGUGGGCAAAGAUUUAUUCUGUGAGGCUCUUUUUACCUACAAUGAAAACGGUUGCAACAUUGAGGAGCACCUAAAAAGUGAUUAUUGUCAAUUCUACGUUUCAACAGGUAGGAAACUUUUGCCGAAGGGGUCAACAUAUGAAUCCACCGUCCCUGCUCAUGAUGGAGAAGGAAAAAGUGAGUCCAAAUUUCUGUCGACACCAAAACAAUUCGGGAUUCUAGCAGGAGGAUCUGUUUUAGCCUGUUGUGUUUUCAUCUGUCCCUGCUUUUAUAGGAAAAGAAAAGAAACUUCCCACACUGCUCUUACCAAGGAGCAAAAUUCAAAUCGUGGGUAUGUUACUGCUGAUUCAGUUUCAUCUUUUGAUGUGAAUUCUGUUCAUGAAAAGAUCCCGGCAAGUCCAUUUCGUGUACCACCUAGUCCUAGACACUCGAUGUCUCCGCAACUCAGUAGACUUGGAUCAGUACAUCUGAACAUGAUCCAGGUUGCCAAAGCAACUCGUAAUUUUUCACCUUCUUUACAGAUAGGGGAAGGAGGCUUUGGAACGGUCUACAAAGCCCAGCUAGAGGAUGGCCAUAUUGUUGCCAUAAAACGAGGAAAGAAGGAGCACUUUGAGAAUCUCAGAAAUGAAUUUAGCAGUGAAGUUGAGCUUCUGGCCAAAAUUGAUCAUCGGAAUCUAGUGAAGUUACUAGGUUUUAUUGACCAAGGAAAUGAACGUCUCGUCAUAACAGAGUAUGUGCCUAACGGUACUCUUAGGGAACACUUAGAUGGUCAACGUGGGAAAAUUCUGGAUUUUAAUCAGCGACUUGAAAUUGCCAUUGAUGUUGCUCAUGGCCUAACUUAUCUCCAUCUAUAUGCAGAGAAACCAAUCAUCCAUCGAGAUGUGAAAUCAUCCAACAUUCUUCUGACUGAAAGCAUGAGAGCCAAGGUUGCUGAUUUCGGAUUUGCAAAGCUUGGUCCAAUGGAGUCCGAUGAAACACACAUUUCUACCAAAGUUAAAGGAACAGUGGGUUACCUAGACCCCGAGUAUAUGAAGACCUAUCAACUCACUGCCAAGAGUGAUGUCUACUCCUUCGGAAUUUUGCUUAUGGAAAUUAUGACAGGUCGUCGUCCUGUGGAAUUAAGACGACCUGUUGAAGAGCGGGUGACAGUCAGAUGGGCUUUCGAGAGAUACAAUGAUGGACGUGUAGUUGAAUUGGUUGAUCCUUUGAUGCAGGAAGUUGUAAAUGCAGAAAUACUUAACAAAAUAUUCAAUUUGGCCUUUGAAUGUGCAGCACCAAUUCGAUCCAAAAGGCCUGACAUGAAAUUAGUGGGAGAGCAGCUGUGGGCAAUAAGGGCAGACUAUGUUAGGUCUCUGAGAAGGGUGUGAUGAAAUUAUCAAAGUAUGUGUUUGGUUCAACUUUUCUUCUUUUGGGAAGGGAAAAAUCAGUAGUUUUUUUUUUUUUUUUUCUUUUUAUUUUCUUUUUGGCGCCCUGUAAAGAAUGAGUUUGGCUUUGAACAACUAGUUUACUUUUUGGUA